UCUUGCUCCCAUGCAUGUCUGAACCUCUGGUUACCUUACCUUUCCAAUACCUGGAGGAAAACAAGCUGCAGCAUCACCCAGGCGGCCCCUCCUGAGUCCGACUCACCCACAAACUAUUUCACCCCUUGAGCGGCGAUGGCAUUGGCUGGUUACUCACACCAGAGAUUCCUCGGGAUUGGUUGGAACUGCAAAUAAAACACUGUUUGCCCAUAAUCAAGCUGAUAAGCUACAGCGUAAAUACACACAAGUUCCUCUUCUCUGCAUACAAUGGGAAGCAUUUGCUCUCUGCUCUCCUCCUAGCAUUUUCCUGCAAGACCCGGAGAAGAAACAUUGUCUCUGGCGGAAAGGGGAUUCAUGAAAAGCUUGAAAUGGGUCUGUCGAGUUCUAAAAGCCCUAAAGUCAAGCAAGCCCAAAUUCUUCUUCUGGGCCUGGACUCUGCUGGGAAGUCCACCGUCCUUUAUAAACUGAAACUUGCUAAGGACAUUGUGACCAUGCCAACCGUGGGCUUCAACGUGGAGAUGCUGGAGCUGGGGAAGAGCCUGUCCUUCACGGUCUGGGAUGUGGGCGGCCAGGAGAAGAUGAGGAGCGUGUGGGGCUGCUACUGCGAGCGCGCCGACGGGCUGGUGUACGUGGUGGACAGCACGGACAAGCAGCGGCUGGAAGCCUCCAGGAGGGAGUUCGAGCACAUUCUGAAGAACGAGCACAUGAGAAAUGUGCCGGUGGUUCUGUUAGCCAAUAAACAAGAUAAGCCGGGAGCUCUGACCGCGGAGGACAUCACCAGGCUGUUCAAGGUGAAGAAGCUCUGCAGUGACCGGAACUGGUAUGUGCAGCCCUGCUGUGCCACCACCGGGGAUGGGCUGGCCGAGGGCUUCAGGAGAUUAACCGAAUUCGUGAAGAGCUACAUGAAAUCGCGAGCAGACACGUUCGCAUUCUUCAAGCAGAACUGAGGUCCAAGCAGGGGAAGACGAAAUUGAAAGGGUAAUUUUUUUUUUUCUCUCCAUGCCGAGUGAGAAAAGAAAGUUGCUGAGAUGGCAAACUUUUUUUCUGAGAUGUUAUUUCACCCAAAUUAAGAUAAACAACUCAUAAUAAUAGCUAUAAAAUAUUAUUUUUGGCUAGCCACUUUAGCAGACUAUGGUCAUAAUAAUUGAG